UUGAAUUUUAUUUCGAAAUGGAAACUAUUACUAGUGACGGCGUAGACAGAGAAGAGUUUGAAAAAAAUGCAGAGAUGCAAUGCUUGGAAAAAACAAUCGGUGUAUGUGGAGCAAAAAACAGUUAGAAAAUGUAAAAAAUAUUUUAAGAAAUGCAAAAAUCGGUGUGAAAAAAAUCUUUCUGACUAUCAUUAUUUAAAAAACUACGACAUUCUUCAAAUUGGAGAAGAGAGUUCCGUGAUUGUGAAACAAAAAAAUCCUACUGAUAAUAUAGUUUAUAUGGUGCCAUUCGAAGAUUAUUUCCCUAAACUUUUGGAAGCGCAUACCAGUACAGGACAUGAAGAACGAGACAAAAUGUUAUAUUUCAUCAAAAUGGCAAAAGAACACUUCAUAUCACAGGACUAUCAAUCGAACGCCAUAUGAACGCCAUAUUCGGGCCGAUAAAAUGUGGACUGUCAAGCAUUUCAUUACCUGCAGAAGUUCAAAACAAUUUAUAUGAUGAAGACGAUUUAGAAAAAGCUCCUACUAAUUCCAAUCA